AUGUAAGAAAAAUAAAAAUCAAAAUUAUUCCUUGAAAAACUCUACGAUUUAUUAGAGGUAAAUUCAAUUGUAACUAGUCUGAUGAAACCCAUAGUAUCAUUUAAUGGACUGUUAAUAAAGACGCUAUUAAAAUUAUUAAUCGAUUCAAAUUGAUUCGUGAUAUCCUACCUAACAUUUUCAAAUAGACAUCUUAUAAGAGCUUCACUAAAUAAAUGAACCUUUAUAAUUUUAAAAGUACUAAAGAUGAAAAUGGAUGUACGAUUUUUAUUAAUCCACAUUUUACUCAACAUUUACUCAAUCUUACAUAAAUAAUAGUAGAAAAGCGAACCAUUAAAAAAUCAAAAAGAGAGGAUAAUAAAAAGAGAAGCGAAUUGUAAUUUGAACAUGAAUAACUUAAAUAAAAAUUAAUGGCUUUAUUCAAAUACUAAGUGCAACUUUAAAACGAAAUCAAAAUAUAAUUAGAAANCAGAUAAAGUUGA